CACGGGUUUGAAGCGAAAAUUCGCCCAAACCAGGCCGGCGACGGACGCCUCCUCGUUCUCCACGCCGCCGCCGCCGCCGCCGCCGCGUUGGCUAGGUUGACCUGACCGAUCUUGACUUCUCUAGGCUCUUGCAUCCCCGACGACGGAAAUAGCCUCCGAGUUUCCAACAGGGUGGCUCCGGUCGACCACGAAGCCUCGAUCUGCAUGACGAGGCUACUCGUCAUCCUGUUCGCCGGGGCGACCCUAGUAGUCGCCACCACCGCGCACGAGCACCAUGGUGAGGCGCCCACCUGCGCCGGAGGCAGCGAGCACGUGCUUGCGGAGUUCCGCCCCGGUGAGGUGACCGUGGACGGGCACAACGAGGACUGGGAGAGCGUGGAGGCCUCGGAGUUCGCGCUGCUGCCGGCUCUAGAUCCAGACGAUGAUAAGGCCUACUCCGGCGGCAAGAUCGCCGUAAAGGCUGUGCAUGAUGGCGUCAACGUCUUCUUCUUGCUUCAGGUUGAUGGGGCUUACGCUUACACUAAAGGGGAAAGUAACAAAUGCCCUUCUGUUGCUCUGAUGUUCCAAGUUGGAGAGAAAGCCACAUUUUACAAUAUGGGAGGAUGCAAAGAUAUGCCAGGUUCAUGCACAAGUAAAAGUUGUAGAGGUCAUGAGGUUGACAUUAUGCACUUCUCAAUUGGAAAUGCUAUCCCUGGACGACUUUACGGUGGCAAUCACAUAGACAAUGCAGCUGGGAAUGGAAACGACAGAUUUGGUCACCUUGUUGAUGUCUAUGCAUGGAAUCCACAUUGCCGAUACCUCGAUGGAGUGGGCCCUAAAGAGAACAAUUCAAAUGCUCAAAAUGAUUGGCAUGGGGCUUGGUGGCACAGUUCAUUGACCUUCCAUUCAGGCUUUGUUGAUGACGAUAAUCCUUAUGGACAACAAGAUGAGAAGGGUACAUAUUAUUUUGAGUUUUCAAGACCCUUAAGAACAAUGGAUCAAUUUCAGCAGGAUGCACAAUUCACAAUAGGACGUCCCAGCAAUAUGUCCGUAGCCUUGUGGUACCCAGACGAUGGCAAAGCAUGGAGCAACUCCGAUCAUUACUCAGCCAGCUGCAACUGGUUGGUUUUGGAUAUACAACCUUCGUCCGAAGCUACGUAUUACCGUCCAGCUCCUAAUCGCUCUUGGGAUGCUGCAACUGGCUUUGCUUUACUUCUUUCAGUGGUAGCCAUUUGCAUGUCCAUCUUUGUGGGCUACCGAUUUUCUAGGAACAGGAGCACUGCCCAGUUUACACCACUUGAACAGAUCCAGUUUGCUGAAGAACGCCAUUGAUUGGAAUUGAGAUUAGGCGAAGCAUCAAGCAACAAUGUUUCAUCUGUUCCACCAUUGUACCUCCAAAGUUGACAGAUUGCUGCAUUGAAGUUUUGAACCGGGUUGUUGUGAUCCAGUAUAGGGAGAUAUUGAAAGCAUACACGAUACAUAAUUUAAUUACAGACUGCCGGUUUUUAUCGUAGGAAACAAUUUCUAUAUGCUAUACAUCAAACCGGUUAUUGGCGGCU